AUGGAUAAUCACACAUCUGAGUUUCUCCUCUUGGAAUUCUCAAAAAUUCGGGAAAAACAGUUAAUGUAUAUAGCUUUAUUCCUAAUCCUUUAUUUAAUAACAGUCAUAGGGAACCUUCUCAUCUUCAGUGCUGUUAUUUCUGAUCACCACCUUCACACUCCCAUGUACUUCUUUGUGAUGAAUUUAGCUAUCCAAGACAUUGGUUCAGUUUCAGUCAUUAUCCCCAAAGCUGUUUUUAAUUCUCUGAUGAAUACAAGGACUAUUUCUUUCUCUGGGUGCGUUGUUCAAGUCCUCUUGAUUGUCUUCUUUCCGGGCUCUGAUGUUGCCCUUCUGACUGUCAUGGCCUAUGAUCGGUAUGUGGCCAUUUGCAAACCUUUGCAAUAUGAAAUGAUAAUGAACAGGAAGGCCUGCACCAAAAUGAUUAGUUCUGUGUGGAUUGCCAGCUUUCUCAAUGCUGUAGUAAACACUACUGAAACAUUCACUAUUCCUUUCUGCUCUAAUAUUAUCAAUCAGUUCUAUUGUGAAAUCCCCCAUUUACUUAAAAUUGCCUGCUCUGGUUCAUACAUAACUGAAAUUGGACUUGUAUUGUUCAGUGCUACGUUAGGAUUUGGUUGUUUCAUAUUUAUUGUUGUAACAUAUGUGCAGAUCUUCUUUAUUGUUCUGAGAAUUCCUUCUGUUCAAGGAAGGAAAAAAGCUUUCUUCACUUGCCUACCUCACCUCAUUGUCAUCACCAUAUUUUUGUUUACUGCUUGGUUUGCUUAUCUAAGGCCCAUAUCUGACAGUCCUUCACCCCUUGAUUUGAUAACUACAAUAAUGUAUUCCAUCAUCCCCUCCAUGCUAAAUCCAUUAAUCUACAGUAUGAGAAACAAGGACAUCAAAGUUGCUCUUUCAAGAUUUCCUGGUCUGAGGUUAUUUCUUUCUAAAGAUGUGUGA